AAAAAAAAAUAAAAAAAAAAACUCGCGAGAAGCAGCGCUUGCCAAGAUCCUUCACGUCAAUCAAACAUGAAAAAUAAAAAGACUAGGCCUACUAAGUGAAAAUAUACUAAAAAUUAAGCAUAAAUGUUUUUUUUUUUUUUUUUUUAAUUCUGUUAGGUUUUUAGCUCUUGUUUGCAAUACAAUAUUUGUACAGUAGGCCUAAAAGAUGCAGAUGUUUUCUCUAGCGGGCAUUGUUACCACGGCAAUCAUCUUGAGCUUCCGCACUUCACGCUUCUGGUUCGCUUGAAACGCCCUUAAAGUCCCCGUGAACCGGAAGUUGAAAACGACUUUUCUCCAGUGUUGUGACGUAUUUCCAAGUGAAACGGAAUAUCGAAUAUCGGGUUUUUUGUGAUUUCUUCACGUUUAUGUCUGUCGGUUUCAGAAUUCAGGUUCUACAACAACGUGCAGAACAUGUUAUUCUUUUUACUCUUAUUGUUCGUGGACGGUGUGUCUGGUGAAACCGAGUCCGUGAUGGAAGGAGAUUCCGUCACUCUACACACUGAUAUUACUGACAUACAAAACGAUGAUACGAUACUGUGGCUGUUUGGACCUAAAGACUCUGUCGUAUCUCAAAUAACGAGAAAGUCAGAUUUUACUACACAUUUUGUCACCGAUGUUAUGGGAUUCAGAGGCAGAUUACAGGUGGACCAAAAGACUGGAUCUCUGACCAUCAGAAACACCAGAAUCAGACACUCGGGAAAAUAUAAACUAAGCGUCUCGAGAGAACAGACAACCACAAAGAUAUUUAAUGUUACUGUCUUUGGUGUGGUUGGUGAGACGGAUGAAGUGAAGUCAGAGUCAGUGAUGGAGGGAAAGUCUGUCACUCUGUGGAAUGAUGUUGAAGUACAGAGAGACGAUCUGAUGGUGUGGAGGUUUGGAGAUAAAGGCAUCCUCCUGGCUAAAAUUGAUGUGGAAACUAAUGAAACCUCAUUAAACAAUGCUGACGAGAGAUUCAGAGACAGACUGCAGUUGAAUCCAAAUGGAUCUCUGACUAUUAAGGACACCAAAACUUUACACACUGGACUUUAUGAGCUACAGAUCAGAGGCCGUGAGAGCGCACAGCGAUUCCUUCUUUCUGUCACUGCUGUUCCAGGUCUGUCUCCAGGUGUCGUAGCAGUGAUUGUUUUUACUGUUUUGCUGGUGGUUGCAGCUGCUGUUGUGAUUUACUAUCGCCGCAAGGUCUCUGAACUACAGAAACAAAUGGUGAAGAACGUGCCAGCGACAGAGGGAAAAUCUGUCAUUCUACGCGCUGAUCUUACUAAAAUAGAGAAAGAUGAUACGAUACAGUGGUAUUAUGAAGAUGAAGACAAUCGCAUUGCUGAAUUCAAAGCAGGGGACAGAAGUCCAGAUACAUUUCCAGGAGCUGAUGGGAGAUUCAGAGGCAAACUGAACUUGGAUAAGACUGGAGAUCUCUCCAUCACAGACAUCAGGACUAUUUACUCUGGACUCUAUAUACUAAAGCUCAGCAACAGCAGAAGAACCAAAUACAAGAGAUUCAGCGUUUCUGUGAAACCAAAGGAAGAGUCAGUGAGGGUGGGAGGAUCUGUCGCUCUCCGGCCUGACCUCUCUAAUGCUAAAAUUGAAACAGAUGAACUUAUUCUGUGGACGUUUGGAGCUGAAAAGAGUCUUGUUGCUACAAAUGCUGCAAGGCCAAAUAAAACUGAUGAAAGAUUCACAGACCGAGUGGAGCUGGACGAGGAAACUGGAUCUCUGACAAUCAGUAACAUCAGAGCUGAAGACGUUGGACAUUAUAAACUACAGAUCAUCAACAGCAAAGAGACCAAAGGCUGGAGAGUCAAUUUGAUUCUCAAUGAUUCCACAGGGAAUGAACCAGCGACUGCAGCGACAUCACUGUUGUAAAAUCAAGGGGAGGAAUCGACUUCAGUUUGAGAUAAGACACACCCACCAGUGUCAAUCACUUUGACAUCAUCAACAUGUGAGCACCAUAUACAACACCAAAAACACAUUUCUUUCCUUCUUGUGAAAGUGAGAAACCGGUUUCUGUCGAGCUGUUAAACGUGCGGGUAAAACGUUUCUUUGGUUGGUGGUUGAUGAAACUCUUUCAUAAAUCAUUUCACUAAUGUUACACGUCAUACAUGUUGCUUGAUUAACAAAAUACUGCUUUGAUUCUCACAUCUUUAAUAUUGUGCAAUCGUAAACUGCGAGAUAGAAAUUUCAUAUAAAGAUGUGGGAAUCACUGAAUGUGUACUUUGAAAAAUCAAGGAGUGGGCAGUGCAAUGGGGAUACUUGAUUGAAAGAAUUGAGCGCAAUGGUCAAACAUGUCCGUCUAGUGCGUGUUUACAUAGAAAAACUAUGGAAGAGCAGCAAAGACGAGCUCUGUGAACUAGACUUGAGGCUUAGAAACUCCUACAGACACUAAACUCUCUGAUGAAGAAGUAUUUAUAGCUGCAAAAGAGAUGUAGAUGACUACGUCCAUCAGGAGACAGACUGUACUCUAAGAUGUCACAUUUGGCAGUUUUUGGUCCAAUAAUCUGUUUCUUCUAAAUUAAGCAGAAGGAAAACACUAGUCGUUAAGCUGGUACCGUCUAUGCAGUCCAUUAGAUGGAGAAUUGGUAGAUUUCAUCAGGCCUCGAGGGAAUAUCAAGCUGAGUAUCAUCAGUGUAACAAUAAAAGCAAACCAGAAAAAGGGGAAGCGUGCCUUAGAAUGAGAAUGGAUUUGUUUUGUCUGUCGUCGAAAAAAAAAAAUGCUUGAUUUCUCUUUUUGUAUUAAUUACA